CGGAGGCGAAAACUAAAGCUCUGGACAAACGACAGACUGUAGGUGUUUUUGAAAUAGUUUGGAAGUGCCUUUCUUCCCCUCUUCCCGCUGCUCAGCGCCCUCCUCUCCCCUCCCCGUUUAUUAGUCAUGAUGGCGGAACUGUGAGCUUCGGGACGAGCAGGAAUGCACCGCCCGUCCUCGCUGAGCAAGUGUAUAUAGUUAUUUAUUUAUUCCGCCAACUUAUCCUCCCCCGCUAUGACCCGUUGGAUUCCCACUAAAAAAGAGAAGUAUGGAGUGGCAAUCUACAACUAUGAUCCCUCUGGCCAGCAGGAGCUGUGUCUACAGGUGGGGGACACGGUACACAUACUUGAGAAAUUUGAAGGCUGGUAUAGGGGCUACACUCUACGAAAGAAAUCACAGAGGGGCAUUUUCCCAGCUUGCUUCAUCCACUUGAAGGAGGCUACAGUAGAAGGAACAGGCCAGCAGGAAAUCAUUAUUCCAGCAGACGUACCUCUGGUUCAGGAGCUCAGUGCCACCCUGAGGGAAUGGGCGCAGAUAUGGCAAAAUCUCUAUGUGGCGAACAAGACAACCCUGUUCAGGAGUGUGCAGCAGAUGGCUUACAGCCUCAUCGAAUAUCGAUCUCAGAUAGUGUCGGGGACGCUGCCCAAGGAUGACCUUGUAGAGCUCAAAAAGAAAGUCACGGCAAAGAUUGAUUAUGGAAACCGGAUUCUGGGGUUGGACCUAGUAGUGCGAGAUGAAGCAGGAAACAUGCUGGACCCUGUACAGACCAGUACGGUCAGUCUGUUCCGGGCACAUGAGACGGCCUCCCGCAGUGUGGAUGACAGGAUACAAGAAGAGAAGGCACAGCCUGCAUUGUUUACUUUCUUACUCGCUACAAAACAGCAAAACAUGGAAUUCAGGCGUCAGAGUCUGUUCAGCACAGUUCAUACCUACAGUCUCCUCAUGAACCUAAAAAACUUUGUCUGUAAUAUCGGAGAAGAUGCCGAGCUGCUCAUGUCCCUGUAUGACCCCGACCAGUCCGAAUUCAUCAGUGAGAACUUCCUGGUGCGCUGGGACAGUAUGGGAAUGCCCAAAGAAAUCGAAAAACUCAACAACCUGCCAGCUUUAUUCACGGACCUGAGCAGCAGUGACUUGAUGAGGCAGCGAGUCUUCCUGGUGUGUCAGAUCAUCAGAGUGGGCAGCAUGGAGCUCAAAGAGGGCAAGAAGCAAACCAGCGGCUUGAGGAGGCCGUUCGGAGUAGCUGUGAUGGACAUAACAGACAUCGCCCAUGGCAAAGCAGAUGACGAGGACAAACAGCAUUUCAUCCCCUUUCAGCAGAUAGCUAUGGAAACCUACAUCCGCCAGAGGCAACUCAUCAUGUCUCCGCUCAUCCCCUCUCGGGUCAUAGGAGAGAAUGAGCCACUCACAGCUGUCUUCAACAAAGUCAUUGCCACGCGGGAGGUCAAUCACAAAGGCCAGGGGCUGUUUGUGACCCUGAAACUCCUCCCGGGGGAUCUCGCCCAAGUCAGGAAGGACUACCCCCACUUUGUAGACCGCAGCACGGCUAUCGUUAGGAAAAUGGGCUUCCCAGAAAUCAUCCUCCCAGGAAAUGUGAGAAAUGAUAUUUAUGUAACAUUGCUUCAGGGAGAGUUUGACCGUGGUAAGAAGAAGACCCCCAAAAAUGUUGAGGUUAUUCUGAGUGUGCACGACGAUGAAGGCAAUCCGAUGGAGAGAGCUAUAUUUCCCGGGGCUGGUUAUGAUGGUAUAACGGAGUACAAGUCUGUCAUCUAUUACCAGGUGAAGCAGCCUUGUUGGAAUGAAACAGUAAAGGUGACGAUUCCCAUUGAAGACGUGUGUCGCUGCCACCUGAGGGUGAUGUUUCGACACAGAUCCUCUCAAGACUCCAGGGACAAAUCGGAGAAACCCUUUGGCAUGGCCUUUGUGAAGCUCAUGAGAGUGGAUGGGACCACACUGAAAGAUGGCCGGCAUGAGCUUAUCGUCUAUAAGGUUGACAUAAAAAAGGUGGAGGAUGCAAAGGUUUAUCUCACCUUGCCAGCUACCUGGGCAGAAGUAGAGGAAAAGGAGAAGCAAACGGGGAAACAGUUUCAGCAUUCGGGGGCUAUUCCUGUGACUAAAGACAGCUUCCAGAUCGCCAUGCUCACCUGCUCCACUAAACUUACACAGAAUGUGGAUCUGCUCGGCCUGUUAAACUGGAGGUCGAACCCUGAGAAUCUGGAGCAGAUUUUGCAGAGUCUCAUGGGGGUGGAAGGAGGAGAGAUUGUCAAAUUCCUCCAGGACACUCUUGAUGCUCUGUUCAACAUCAUGAUGGAGACUUCAGAGAAAGACACCUAUGAUACCUUGGUGUUCAAUGCAUUGGUAUUUAUAAUCACCCUUAUUGGUGACAUCAAAUUCCAGCAUUUUAACCCAGUCCUGGAAACCUACAUCAACAAGCACUUCAGUGCCACAUUGGCUUACAUGAAGCUCACCAAGGUGCUUAACUUCUAUGUGGCCAAUGCGGAGGAUCGCAACCUAACAGAGAGGCUCUACUCGGCGCUCAAAGCACUAAAGUACCUUUUCAGGUUCAUUGUGCAGUCCCGGAUCCUUCAUCUCAGAUUCAAUGGAAACGGGGAAGAUGGAGAUGCUUUCUUAAACUCCAUGCGCACGCUUUUUCUCGCUUUCAACAGUCUAAUGGACAGACCAAUCGAUGAAGGAGUGAAGAUAAAGGGGGCAAUAUUGAAAUACCUCCCCAGCAUCAUUAAUGACAUCCAGACUGUGUUUGAUCCCGUGGAGCUCAGCAUUCUCCUUGCAAAGUUCAUCGAGAGCAUUCCAGAGUCGCAGCUUGUGCGUCAGAAGCUGGGCUGCAUGUGUAAAAUGGUGGAGAACUGCAGAGACGUGCUUCUUCCACUCGUUACUGAUCAGCUGAGUGGGCAGCUUGACGACCACUCCAGUAAACCAGACUAUGAGGCCUGUGUCCAACUUCUCAGCACGGUGUUGGACAGCUUGGACCGCAAAGAUGUGGGUCAGACCCGGGGGCACGUGCAGCUGAUAAUGGAGCGGCUCCUCCGCAGGGUUAAUCGAACUGUCAUCAGCAUGGACCGAUCCUAUCCUCUUAUUGGCCACUAUCUUGCCUGCAUGACGGCCAUCCUGAAGCAAAUGGAUGACAUGCAUUACGCCCACUACAUCAGCACCUUCAAAACGAGACAGGAUAUCAUUGACUUCCUCAUGGAGACAUUCAUCAUGUUUAAGGACCUAAUGGGAAAUGUCUUCCCCGCGGACUGGAUGGUCAUGAACUUGGUGCAGAUGCAAGUUUUCCUGAGGGCCAUCAACCAAUACUCCAAUGUGCUCAACAAGUAUUUCCUGGACCAAGCGCAUUUUGAGCUACAGCUGUGGAAUAAUUACUUUCAUUUGACCGUUGCGUUCCUCACUCACAAGACGCUGCAGCUGGAGUCUUUCUCUCAAGAGAAACGAAAUAAGAUACUGAAUAAGUAUGGAGACAUGAGAAGGACUCUUGGAUUUAAGAUCAGAGAUAUGUGGUACAACCUUGGCCCCCACAAAAUGAAGUUUAUCCCAGCUAUGGUCGGACCCAUUCUGGAGGUCACACUGGUGCCUGAGCCAGAACUGAGAAAGGCUACCAUCCCCAUUUUCUUUGAUAUGAUGCAGUGUGAGCAUAACUUCAGCCCUGGACGCACUUUUGAAAUGUUUGAGAAUGAAUUGAUAAAGAAAUUGGAUGAAGAGGUAGAGGGAGGCCGAGGGGAUGAGCAGUACAAAGGCUUGCUGGAGAAAACUUUGCUGGAGCACUGCAGACGACACAGAUACCUGGCCCAGUCCGGAGAGGAGCUGGCUCUUCUGCUCAGCAGCCUCCUGGAGAAUCUCUUGGCUUACCGCACCAUCACACAUGAUGAAAGUCCUGAGCAUCGCAUGAGCUGCACUGUCAACGUGCUGAAUUUCUAUAAAGAAAAGAAACGGGAAGACAUUUACAUUCGGUACUUGUACAAGUUGCGAGAUUUGCACCUGGACUGUGAGAACUACACGGAGGCCGCCUACACUCUACUGCUACAUGCUGAAUUGCUGGAGUGGUCAGACAAACCUUGUGCACCUCAUCUGAUACCAAGAGAGGGAGAGCAUGUGUUCACCCAGCAGGAGCUGAAGGAAAGGCUGUUUCAGGAGAUCAUAUGUUAUUUGGACAAGGGCAAGAUGUGGGAGAAGGCCAUUGAACUGGGCAAACAGCUGGCAAAGAUGCAGGAGGGCCACAUGUUUGACUUCAUGGAGCUGAGCCAGCUGCUGAAAAAACAAGCUGAAUUCUAUGAAAACAUAAUGCAUGCAAUGAGGCCACAGCCAGAGUACUUUGCAGUUGGAUAUUAUGGACUUGGAUUCCCUUCUUUCCUCAGGAACAAGAUGUUCAUCUACAGAGGCAAAGAGUACGAGUGGCUUGAGGACUUCAGCUUAAAGCUCCUUUCGCAGUUUCCGGCAGCAGUUCGGAUGACCAGCACAGCUCCCCCUGGAGAAGACAUUUGCAACUCUCCUGGACAACACAUCCAGUGCUUUACGGUGAAGCCAGUUUUCACAGUGCCACACCAGUUCAAAGACAAGGGGGUUCCAGAGCAGAUAUUAAACUAUUAUAGGACCAAUGAAGUGGACCAGUUCCAGUACUCCAGGCCCUUCCGGAAAGGUGAAAAGGACCCAGACAACGAAUUUGCAACCAUGUGGAUUGAGAGAACAACUUAUAUUGCUGCCUACCGCUUCCCAGGCAUUCUCAAGUGGUUUGAAGUCAAAUCGGUCUCAGUGGAGGAAAUCAGUCCUUUGGAAAACGCCAUAGAAACAAUGGAGAUGGCAAAUGAAAAACUGAGUAACCUUGUCCAGCAGCAAGCCUGUGAUCGCUCGCUGUCUGUCAACCCUCUGUCCAUGAUGCUCAGCGGCAUCGUUGACCCGGCUGUCAUGGGUGGAUUCUCCAACUAUGAAAAGGCAUUCUUCAAAGACACCUACAUCCAAGAGCACCCAGAAGACCUUGAACGUAUCGAGGUCCUGAAGCAUCUGAUUGCCUUGCAGAUUCCUGUUUUGGCAGAUGGAAUUCGCAUCCAUGGGGAGAAAGCGAGGGAGGAGCUGAAGCCCUUACACAAUCGUCUAGUCACUUGCUUCCAAGACCUUCGGGAGAAAGUGGAAAAGCAUUAUGGCGUCAUAACCUUGCCCUGCUCUCUGACAGAGAGGAAGAAGAGUCGUGUGGGAUCCAUGGUGAUGCCUUACAUCUUGUCUUCCACUCUGCGUCGCAUGUCUACAGUCUCAACCCUCUCCAGCACCUCCUCUGGCCUCUCCAGUGGCUCUGCCUCCUCAGACUCCUCGUUGUCCCGUCCCAAUGACCACAGGGCUUCCGUUCUGUCUCGCUGUGUUGAGGACAACAGGAUUGCUCGAAAGAAUAGAAAAGAGUGGAGCGUGAGCAAAUCCCAAGUUCUACUGGAGAGACUCUCUGAUGCGGAAGAUACUUAUUCAGAGAAGCAUCAGAGACCCAAAAGUUUACAGUUAGGUGACAGACGGCUCACCUUGUCCCUGUUCCAGGGUGUUUCAUCCCAGCUCAGCCUGUCUAACCCACUCAGCCCACUCCCUGCCUCUCCACACACACCACGCAGCUCCAGUUACUCAUCACUUCUCAGUGACAACGAUGCCAAUAAUGUUGACACCCCAGGGACCCCCCCACCCAUGCCUCCGAAGAAACACCCGCACGAGAUUGACAACCCUGGAUUCUCUUCAGAGUUCACGCCGCCAUUACCAGUGAAGAUUGAGAGCAAGCCUCCCCCACCUCCUCCAAAGACGCGAAAGUCAAUGUUCCCCUCAUACGAGAAUAGCCCCCAGUAAAGCUACACCUACACACAGACCUUGAAGUUCUACUAAUUCUCUCAUUUGACUGUGAGGAGAGCACAGUUUCAUUUGUGACUUUGUGGAAUUGCCACAGUUGGGUACAGAAAGCAGAAAAUGUGGGGCGGAUGCAAAAUUCCAUUUCAGGUUCCAUGUAAAACUAAGCAGGCACUUGUUCUCUAAUUUUUUAAGAUGGAAGGAAGGAUUUAUGCGGUGUGGAUCUCAUAAGACGGUAGUAUGUUGCAGAAGUCGAUGUAUGAGUUGUUUUUGAUACAUUUUUGGUACAGUCUUAGAUUUUUUGCGCUUUUUAAGUUA